AGCAAGGUGGACACGAUAGAGCACUGGGACCGACAAUGGGCUCCAGCACCCUCUCGGAUGGCUACCGGCCGGGCCCGACGAAGAAGGAUUGCUGCCCCAAAACAAGGGCCUGUCUGUGCAGCUGCUGCUGAGGGCGUGGGGAAAGUUAUGAAGACGGCAAAGAAAUCCGUAACUUGCACCGAUAGUAUGGAUUAACCGAAUCUAUAAAUCUAAUAAUGAAAUCAUGGCCAGCGCGGACAGUGAAGUAAAAACAUUGCUGAAUUUUGUCAACUUGGCAUCAAGCGAUAUAAAGGCUGCCCUUGACAAGUCCGCUCCGUGCAGGCGCUCGGUGGACCACAGGAAAUACCUACAGAAACAACUGAAACGCUUCUCCCAGAAGUGCUCCAGGAUGCCCUCCAGGUGCCAUGCGUACAGGGCGGAUGAAUGCGGAGUCCCCAAAACCCUUGAAGACAAGUCUGCAGUGUACGCGUUUGAACCAGUGAAUCGUAACCUCCAGUUUUCCCGAUUGAAAGACAGGAGCGGAGCGGAAGUGCGAACCGAGGACAACUCCGGGCUGAAUCCGAACCCCAAAGUGGAGCACGAUCCUCACAGGCAAGACCAGGUGCCCAUGAGGAAGCGGCAGCUCCCCGCGUCGUUCUGGGAGGAGCCCAGUUCCUCCAGGAGCAAACGUGAUGCUUUGCCGGUCUCCUGGAGGAAGAGCCCUGGAGACGUCGGAGCCAGUGGGCCUUCAGCUCCGGAGGAGGAGAACAAGAAGAAAUCUCCAGACGAGAGAAAAGCUCAUUUAAUACUCUCAAGUGAUCAGAUCGCAGCCGAGAAAGAGCCGCUAAUGCUGGACAUCACCCCAGGAAGCGUGAACGUGUGCGGCUGCUGUCCUUUUCAGUACCAUGGACACCACGUCUUCCAAGGCCAUAUAGUCCUUCCCCACUCAAGUUUCUCGGAGGUGGGAUUAUGGGGGAAUACCACGGUUGUCCAUGCGGAGACAUCGGACAUCCAAAAUGGACAGAAAAGUCAAACUCACGUCGUUGUGAAGCCCAUCCCCACAAAACCGUCGGUACCAUCUCCUAUUUUCAGUGUAUUUGGAUUUAUCUGACGGUCAUAUCGUCUUUUAGACCAUGACCAGCAACUAUGGAACAAGCACAAUGUAAAUAACUGUUAGAUAUUUUGUGAUAUUUGGUUAAAACUCCCCGAUCAAUCUAUUUAUUGCAGGCUCUAAUUAAAACCAUUGAAAAUGUUUAUUUUUCCAACAGUAAGGCUAUUUUUUUCUAACGGGCUAAAGUUUUGUUUGUUAACUGUGUAUAGGCCUAUGUGAUCUGAAGCACUUACGUCAAAUUAACAAACACUGAAUGAAUUCAUGAAGAUGUGAAAAGAAUUUAAAUGUUCUUUUUCCGCGAUUACCAAGGCAGCUGUAUAGAAUAACGUAAUAGGAUACAACACAUAGAGGAUUAAUUAUAAACAUGCUAUAGCCUAUAUUUUGAGAAUGUCAGUUUCUGAUGUAACAAAUUGUGUAUUCACUUGUACGUCAAAGCUUUAUCAGCAUAAGGGUAUGUGUAAAACUUACUAAAUCUGUGUCAUGGAAAAUGCCAAAAGAACGUGUUUUAACAGCAAUGUAUGACACCUUGUAAGAUUAAAUUGUGU